CUUUAUUUCUCUCUCUACAACAUUUCCAUCACUUACUAUACUUGCUUGCUGCUCUGUGCAGGCCACCUUCACUCUAUUUCUCUCUCUAAAAACACAAUCAGUGUCGUUUUGUGUGAUCAGAGAGUGCGUUUUUGUGUGAUCAGAGAGUGUGUUGAAAACUUGUGGAAGAAGAAUAAGAAAAUGACGGAUACUACUGAUGAUAUCGCCGAGGAAAUUUCGUUUCAGAGCUAUGAUGAUGACUGUAAGCUUCUCGGUAAUUUGUUUAACGAUGUUUUGCAACGAGAAGUCGGUUCGAAUUUCAUGGAGAAACUUGAACGCAAUCGGAUCCUUGCUCAGAGUGCUUGCAAUAUGAGAUUGGCUGGUAUAGAAAAUACUGCAGAGCUUGUGGAGAAGCAACUAGCUUCAGAGAUAUCAAGAAUGACUCUAGAGGAAGCAUUGACACUUGCUCGUGCAUUUAGUCAUUACCUUAAUUUGAUGGGCAUUGCUGAGACUCAUCACAGAGUUCGUAAGGCACGGAGUAUGACACAUUUGUCAAAAUCUUGCGAUGACAUUUUUAAUCAGCUACUGCAGAGUGGAGUAUCUGGGGAAGAGCUUUAUAACACGUUUUGCAAGCAGGAGGUUGAAAUUGUGCUUACUGCACAUCCUACUCAAAUCAAUCGUCGCACCUUGCAAUAUAAGCACAUCAGAAUUGCUCAUCUUCUUGAUUAUAAUGACCGGCCUGAUCUUACUCAUGAAGAUCGAGAAAUGCUGAUUGAAGAUCUGGUGAGAGAGGUCACUUCAAUAUGGCAGACAGAUGAGCUUAGGCGUCACAAACCUACACCAGUAGAUGAAGCUAGAGCUGGCUUGAACAUUGUGGAGCAGUCCCUGUGGAAAGCUGUGCCACAUUAUUUGCGUCGCGUCAGCAAUGCCCUUAAGAAGCAUACUGGAAAGCCACUUCCCUUAACUUGCACACCAAUAAAGUUUGGGUCCUGGAUGGGGGGUGAUAGAGAUGGGAAUCCCAAUGUCACAGCAAAGGUUACAAGAGAUGUCUCUCUUUUAUCUAGGUGGAUGGCUGUUGACCUUUACAUUCGAGAAGUUGAUAGCCUCAGAUUUGAACUAUCCAUGACUCAAUGCAGUGAUAGUUUGUUGAAAGUGGCAAAUGACAUUCUAGUAGAAGAAACAUCAUCAGAGGCGCAGCAUGAGAGUUGGAACCAACAUACUGGCAGAAGUCAAACGAAGUUUCAUAGACACUCUCUUCCUACUCAACUUCCAGCCAGAGCUGAUCUUCCGGCUUGCACAGAAUGCAAUGAUGGUGAAUCUCUGUAUCCCAAACUAGAACUUCCAGGGACUGAUUACAUGCCCUUGGGUCGUCAGGAUGGCUUGGGUAGCAUUUCAGAGUCUUCAUUACAGGAUACAAAUAAUGGUUUACCUAAACCAUCUGCAAAUGGAAGUACUGCAAAUUCUAGUGGCUCUCCAAGAGGAUCUUUUACCUCCAGUCAACUGCUUGCGCAGAGGAAAAUAUUUGCAGAAUCUAAGAUAGGAAGAUCCAGCUUCCAGAAACUUUUAGAGCCAAGUCUGCCUCAGUUCCCUGGCAUUGCUCCCUAUAGAAUUGUUCUCGGGAAUGUAAAAGAUAAGCUUAUGAGGACAAGAAGACGUCUGGAACUUCUUUUAGAGGAUCUUCCUUGUGAAUAUGAUCCUUGGGAUUACUAUGAAACAACAGAUCAAUUAUUGGAUCGACUACUUCUUUGCUAUGAGUCUCUGCAAUCAUGUGGAGCUGGGGUUCUUGCUGAUGGAAGGCUGGCCGACCUCAUAAGAAGAGUUGCUACUUUUGGGAUGGUGUUGAUGAAGCUAGAUUUGCGCCAGGAAUCUGGUAGACAUGCUGAUACCCUAGACGCAAUCACUAAGUAUUUGGAAAUGGGCACAUAUAGCGAGUGGGAUGAAGAAAAGAAGUUGGAAUUUCUAACAAGAGAACUGAAAGGGAAGAGGCCGCUGGUUCCUCCUACUAUUGAGGUUCCUCCUGAUGUUAAAGAAGUCCUGGAUAGUUUCCGUGUUGCUGCUGAGCUGGGAAGUGAUUCACUUGGAGCUUAUGUGAUUUCUAUGGCAUCUAAUGCAAGUGAUGUCCUUGCUGUGGAGCUUCUACAGAAGGAUGCCCGUCUUGCUGUUAGUGGAGAGUUAGGGAGACCAUGCCCUGGUGGAACAUUGCGAGUAGUUCCAUUGUUUGAAACUGUGAAAGAUCUGCGAGGGGCUGGUUCAGUGAUUAGAAAAUUGUUAUCAAUUGAUUGGUAUCGGGAGCACAUUAUCAAGAACCAUGACAGUCAUCAAGAGGUGAUGGUUGGAUAUUCUGAUUCUGGUAAAGAUGCUGGACGCUUCACAGCUGCAUGGGAACUUUACAAAGCCCAAGAAGAUGUUGUGGCCGCCUGCAAUGAGUUUGGCAUUAAAGUAACUCUGUUCCAUGGACGUGGAGGGAGUAUUGGUCGUGGUGGUGGUCCCACAUAUCUUGCCAUUCAAUCGCAACCACCUGGUUCGGUAAUGGGUACUCUUAGGUCAACCGAGCAAGGAGAAAUGGUUCAGGCUAAAUUUGGCCUGCCACAAACAGCUGUCAGGCAGCUAGAGAUAUACACAACUGCUGUGCUUCUUGCUACCCUUCGUCCUCCACAGCCACCACGAGAAGAAAAAUGGCGCAAUGUCAUGGAGGAGAUUUCAAAAAUCAGUUGCCAGAAUUACAGGAAUACAGUGUAUGAAAACCCAGAAUUCCUUGCUUACUUCCACGAGGCUACUCCCCAGGCUGAGCUCGGGUUCCUUAACAUAGGAAGCCGCCCUACAAGAAGAAAGAGCUCGACUGGUAUCGGACAUCUCCGUGCCAUUCCAUGGGUAUUUGCUUGGACACAAACCAGAUUUGUUCUUCCCGCUUGGCUUGGAGUCGGAGCCGGUCUGAAGGGUGCUUGCGAGAAGGGAUUUACUGAAGACUUGAAAGCAAUGUACAAAGAAUGGCCGUUUUUCCAAUCUAUAAUUGACCUUAUAGAGAUGGUUCUUGGAAAGGCAGACAUUCCAAUAGCCAAGCACUAUGAUGAAGUGCUUGUAUCUGAGAAUAGACGUGAGCUUGGUUCCGAGCUUAGGAGGGAGCUUUUAACUACGGAAAAGUAUGUAUUGGUGGUUAGCGAGCACGAAAAACUGUCUGAGAACAACCGAAGCCUAAGGAAGCUAAUAGAGAGCAGGCUACCGUAUCUCAAUCCUAUGAACAUGUUGCAGGUUGAGAUUUUAAAGAGGUUGAGACGUGACGAAGACAACAAUAAGCUCCGAGAUGCCCUGCUUAUCACCAUAAACGGGAUUGCUGCCGGUAUGAGGAACACAGGCUGAGAAACAGACUCUUUCCAGCUCUAUUAGUAUAAACUUGACCGAAUUCUAUGCCUUUCUAUUUCCUAUAAAUUAAUGUUUAUGCUGAUAUUAUCGUAUGAUGGGUGCAGUCGUGAAUAUGGUUACUGUAUUUAGGUUGAGGAUUUCGUGAAAUUUAUGUUAGAUAAUAUACACUAGCUUAAUUUUGGUGAUUGCAAUGCCAAAAAAAGAGGGUUCUGUCGCUAA